AGAAUCUCGAUGAAGAUGAAAUCUAUAUUCGAUGCUUCCGAAAUCAAAUCGGAGUUCGAGUCGGCGGGAAUAAACCCUAAUUUCAUGAUUCCGAUAUGGAAGUAUGUAAUUCAGAAUCCCGAUUGCGUUUGGGACGAGAUCCCUUCGUUGCCCACCGCCGCAUACACUCUCCUCCAUUCAAAGUUCAAGACUUUCACUUCGUCUCUCCACUCCCUCUUCCACUCAUCCGAUGGCACCACCUCUAAACUCCUCAUCAAGCUCCAGAAUGGAGCUUUUGUGGAGGCGGUGAUAAUGAGGUAUGAUACAAGGUUGGGUAUGUGUGGAGGGAAGCCACGUCCAGGUGGUGUUAGAUCUACUCUAUGCAUUUCAUCUCAGGUUGGUUGCAAAAUGGGAUGUACGUUUUGUGCAACUGGUAGCAUGGGAUUCAAGAGUAAUUUAACAUCAGGAGAGAUUUUGGAGCAGCUAGUUCAUGCUUCUCGCCUAGCUGAUAUACGCAACAUUGUUUUCAUGGGAAUGGGAGAACCGUUGAAUAACUACAAUGCUGUUGUUGAAGCUGUACGUGCCAUGUUAAAACAGCCUUUUCAGCUCUCACCCAAAAGAAUUACCAUUUCAACUGUUGGAGUAGUCCAUGCGAUAAACAAGCUUCACAAUGAUCUGCCGGGUAUAAGUUUGGCGGUAUCUCUUCAUGCACCAAUUCAAGAGAUCCGGUGCCAGAUCAUGCCAGCAGCUAGAGCCUUUCCUCUUCAAAAGCUUAUGGAUUCACUUCAAGCUUUCCAGAAAAAUAGUCAACAAAAGAUCUUCAUUGAGUAUAUCAUGCUUGAUGGAGUAAAUGAUCAAGAGGAGAACGCUCAUCAACUCGGUGAAUUGCUUAAGACAUUUCAAGUGGUGAUAAAUUUGAUACCAUUCAACCCAAUUGGGUCAACAAGCCAGUUCAAGACCAGCACCAAACAAAGCGUCUCAAGUUUCCAGAAAAUCCUGAGGGAAACCUACAAUAUACGAACCACGGUUCGCAAAGAAAUGGGUCAGGAUAUUAGCGGUGCUUGCGGUCAGCUAGUGGUGAACCAACCGGACAACAAGAGAUCUGCGGAACCACUUAGAGACAUUGAAGAUCUGCAUCUCUAACUUACUUUAGGACCAGACACAUGAAACAGACAUCUUAAAUUUUCUGUGUUGUUUGUAUUAUCCAAGAAGUCGCUCUUCGAAAACCCUUUUCUUAAACUUCGCAUCCUGUUCCUCCUUACUCGGUGGAAAACACUCUUAUAUGCAAGUAAGAAAACAAAAAGAUUCAGCUCAUGGAGAUUUAAAACUUG